GCUCUACAGCUCCACACAUGGCUCCUACAAUCACUGCAGCAAUGGGCCCCUCUCAGGACCACCUCAGCGUCUCUCACAAGCUGAGAAAGCCUGUGGUGGAGAAGCUGCGCAGAGAGAGGAUCAACAGCAGCAUUGAGCAGCUCAAGUCUCUCCUGUGUGCAGAGUUCCUCCAACAGCAGCCAGACUCCAAGCUGGAGAAAGCAGACGUCCUGGAGAUGACCGUCACUGUGCUCACACGUCUGCAACAGCACAACAACACACACUUCAUGUCCCAGAGCCACAUGAAGAGCCCUCAGCAGAGCCACAGGGAGGCGCUCUUCUGUCUACAGAGCAGCACCAGCAAAGACAAGAGAGCAGAGAGCAGCGCCCCCUGGAGGCCCUGGUAGAACUGGACUGGUC